ACACGAGUAUGACGUCAUGCGCUCGGACCGAGCCGUGACCUGCUGCUCUGGCUAAGCUAGGGGUCUAUACAAACAGAUGUUCCGCAGCAAAUACAGUAAAUACCCUUCUUUUUUUAUUAAAAAUUCCAUAUCAAAUUAUAAGUGUGCAAUUUUGAAGAUAAAUAACCACUGCGGCAGCAGAUAAUUUAUUUAGCGGAGGUCACUCUGUAGUAGUGCUUAUUUGUAUUUUAAGUUUACCGCAGCUAGCUAGCUAAGCAGCUCACCAAAAGUGACACAAGUGCAGUAGCUUCAUGAUUUGAAGCUUUGAGAGUUGACUGCAGUUAAACUAAAACAAGCUUGAUCUUCUUCAUCAUGGACCCCUAAAAACGGCAGGCGUUAGCGACUCAUCAGGUCGCUUGUGUUUGUUUUGAACCAGAGGCCACCAUCCAGCUUGUCUGACCUCCCGGACAGAGGGAGCAAGCAGAUGGGGAACUGUUGCUGUCGCCCUGAAAGUCCCUGUGGUAGUACAGAGGAAAGAAAUGGUUUGCUGCAAGAUGACUCAAAGGCCACAUGCACUGGGGAAGCAGUAGUGGUUGGCGCUUGUGGUCCUGAAAGAGAUGAUGACAUGAGGAGAGCUGAAAAGAUGGCUGAGGUUGCACAGAGUUCUGAGAAUGGAGAAGCAGAGCCUAGUAACACUCAGGGAAAUGGACCCUUGCAGAGGGGAAGUAUUCAUGCAGCGGCGCCUUCUCCAAAUAAACCAUCUGAACUCAAAGAGAACUCCAUCCAACCACAAAACAAAGAAAGAAAAGACAUUUCUGGAGACAAUGGACUAACUGAACAUCUUAAAUGCACUUUGAACUCCUCAGCUGAUAGUGAGCUUGUAGCCUCAACUGCAGAACCAGCAGAAGAAGAUAGGGCCUCAAACUCAACAGAGAACUCAACAGCGCAUAAUGGCGCUGAAGAAGAAUGCGCCACAUAUGCCAUCAGCACCGUAGCCAAACCAUCAGGGGAGUUGACUCAAAAUAAUGAAGCGUUAUCUGUGCCAAACACUCAGCUUGCUGCAGCAGCAGGUCAGGAAGCGUCCAUCUCUGCGGUCAGUCAGGAGACAAACACACAGGCUAUGAGCUGUACUCUGUCAGUCGAUUCAGACCACAGAGGCUCUCCGUUGUGCAGACACGAUGGUUCUGAAGGUCUUAACAGCCAUGAUGUCUCUCAGUCUUCCUCUGGAUUGGAGCCCACAGGACUCGACCACAGUGUGCAGAAACAGGACUCUGCCAGUUCUGUCGGGGAGCCAGAAGCCACAGAUUCAGCAGAUGCAGACAACAGCUUAAAAUCAGAUCAGGAUGCAAAUCCAGACACUGAGCAUUCAAGUCCUGCAAGCCUACAUGAGGUAACUUCCUUGGAGAAAGUCAAACAGGAUGCUGUGGAGGAAACCAUGCAGGAACUGCAAACUGAAGAUGUGCCCAAAGCAGAGCAGGAUGAUGGAUUGAAAAAGGAGGAAAACGUGGAGGGCGCUCCAACCAAGAGCGAAACUCCUCAGGCUGAGAAAGAUGCCAAGAUUCAGGAGGUGAUUGGAAAACAGGAUCAGAUGGCAGGGAGCACAGAUGCAACAGCUGAUGCUGAACCUGCUAGUGAAGAGGAGGAAGAUGAUCUUGGAGACAGUGAAGAAGAUCUGUACAGAGGAGCUGAGGAGUUGUCUGCGUCUCAAAGUCUGAAAGUGGAGGACAGAUGCAGUUUGUCUCCGGCGGUGGAUAUUCUGUUUUACAGUGAGAGAGAGUGGAAAGGAAAUACUGCCAAAAGUGCUCUCAUCAAAAAGGGUUAUAAAGAGAUGUCGAAGAGCUUCAGCAGUGUGAGGAGAGUCAGGGGGGACAACUACUGCGCCCUCAGAGCCACAUUGUUCCAGGUGUUGUCCCAAAGUAUCCAGUUACCUGGGUGGUUGCAAAAGGAUGAUAUCACUAUGCUGCCAGAGCAACUGGAGGCACAGGAAGGGCUAAUGAGCCAGUGGGGAUUUCCUGGAGAUGGCGCAGGAGAUGCCACCCAGCAGCUGAAAGGCUACAUGGAACUUCUCCGAAAUACGUGGCAGGCAGCAGCAGACUGCUCCUCUGCUGCCGAGCAGCAGCAGCUGUGUGAGCAAGUUUUCCAGGGCGGAGAAGAGGAGCUUGGGCUGCUGGAGGCGCUCAAACUUCUGAUGCUGGACAGAGCGGUGGAGCUGCACAGCCGCAUGCAGGGAGGAGGAGAUGUCCCUCUCUUCUGCUGGCUGCUGUUUGCUCGGGAUUCAUCCGACUGUCCACGUUCCUUCCUCUCCAACCACCUCAGGCAUGUUGGCCUCAGUGCUGGGCUGGAGCAGGUGGAGAUGUUCCUGCUUGGCUAUGCCCUGCAGUGCACCAUUCAAGUUUACAGAUUAUACAAGGUGGACACGGAGGAGUUUGUCACCUACUACCCAGAUGACCAUAAGGAUGAGUGGCAGUCCGUGUGCCUCGUCACAGAAGAUGACCGCCACUACAAUGUGCCAGUUAUGGAAGCUGCAGAGCCGCAAAAAAUGCUCACCUCCAGCUGAUUGCGGCUGCAGAGAAACCUCCUGCCACACAAACGCUCCUCAGGUCAAUGAAGAUAGAUUUAUGCCAAUUAAAGGAAUAGUUUUGGGAAAUAUGCUUGUUAGCAUGCUUUUGAAUUAAGCCUAAUUUAAGAUCAAAUCAAAGCGUGUAACAAAUUAGCUUAGCUAUAAAAAUCUAAAAGUAAAGGAGAGCAACUUUACAGGCUUUGUUCUCAGGUAGAAAAUCCAGCUGUCAUCAUUUCUAAAACUGGAUGAUUAAGUUAAAUCUUGUUUCGUAGUCGGUUCGAAACCAAGUAUUAAUGUUGGUGGCUCUUUUGUAUUUCCAGGCAGUGUGCUUUUCAAGGAUUGAAUGCUGAGGGUGCGAGGAGGUGGUAUCAAACUAGCUUUAUGAUUACUUAGUUUAAAUGUCAGGAUCUAUUAGUACUUUAUCCUCUCCUUUUCAUUACAAACUAUUUUCUAGCUGUGUGUGUUAAGCAGGUAACAAAUUAAAUAUGACAAAAAAGAGAACUUCAGAAAAUUGGGAAAAAAUGUUGAGGUAGUUUUCACAGUUUUUGGUAAAAGAAUGAAUUUGUUUGCAUAAAUGCCACAAAAAUAGUUCAAAUUAUUGGGGCGAAUUAAACAACAACAACAAAAAAGAGACUAAUUUCCUGUUUGUAGUCUUUAUGGUAAGACACACUAAUAUUCUCCUUUCUGUGGCAACCCGUGGCUAAAUAAGCAUAUGUCCCAAAAUGCCAACAUAUUCCUUUGAAAAUAUGCUGAUUUGAGACCCGUACAAGAUGUGGUUCAUGUGCUCUUGUACACACUGUACUGUAUAGUUUUCUACUUAUGUGUACAUAUCAUUUAGAUCCAGAUAAGUUUACUGGGUGUCAUUUUGAAUCUCAGAAUGAAGGGAAAAGAAGAAAAAAAAACUAAAUUUCCUCAACAAUCUUUUUGUUUGACAUUGCUCCACUCAGAUCACAGUGGAGCUAACAGCAGCAAAAAGAGAAUUAUGUUUACACUGGAAUCUGGGCACUUUUGUAUAUUUAUUGCUUUUUGUUAUUGUAAAAAAAAAAAAGUGUAAUAAGUGAAAUGGCUCAAUUAGUCAAUGAAGGGUUUGAAAUUUUAUCAGGUGAAAACACCAGAUGAGGAUCAGGAGACUUGAAAGAUUAAUAGAAGCCUGUGUGUCAGAAGUGAGUUUUAAUGUGUGUGAGUGUGUGUUUGCAGAUGUGUGUUAAACUCAAGUAACAUGUUGCCUUUAACCAAGCUGUUCUGAAGAAAAAAUGUGCCAACUUUGCUGCAGAAACUGGCAAAAGCUUCAACCACCAGCCACUGGAAUUAUUAGAAAAAAAAGCUCGCUUGGUCCUCCAUGUUGCCUUAGAAA